AUGCAUAUCAGUAUCGUCAUGAACGCAGCACCUCGCUUGGAGAACGAAAGAGCCUGGACCUCGCUUCCCCUAUCCACAGUCAAUGCACUGGACAUUGGUAAACGAUCGAGAGCUGCAGCUAUUGGAUUGCUUUUCUACGAUCAUCUGGUCACCUUAGAUCUGGAGGUCAACCUUAUUUGGACACAAGCCAAGAACUGGCCGGCUUUCCUCCUCUUUGUGUUUAAUCGAUUUUUUGCAUUAACCUACCUUGUCUUCGAUUCAAUUCCGCUGACACCAUCCGGAGUUGUGUCUUCCAGAAUGUACAGAAACAAUCUUUACAAUUGGGAACUUGCUGAACGACUGAUAUGUAGAUGUGUGAUAUAUCUCAUGUGCGAUGACAUCGUCACUCUGCUGACAACCCUGACUGUCCAAGCCGUGUUACAACUUCGGGUGUAUGCACUGUAUGAACGCAGUCGCAAGAUACUUAUACUGCUAUUGACUCUAUGUGCUAUGGAAGUCGCAACGAUGGCUGUACUCGUAGCGAUCACUAUUAGCCGCCUUUCCCACCUGCCAGUUGUCUCGACUCCAACGGGGUGCUAUUACUCAGGCGUAUUGAGCUUCUCUGCCCUGUUUUGGAUACCGGGACUUAUCUAUGAACCUAUACUGUUUGCGCUUGUAGCAUAUAAGGCUUGGUCAUUCAAGAAACAGGGUCCUCAGAUACCUUUGAUAUCUCGAAUAGCGAGGGAUAGUUUGCUAUAUUUUGUAGCCGUUUUCGCCGAGUUACUGAUAGGCACUGUCAUCUGGGCUCGCUAUCCAACAUACAUUAAUGUCAUCAUGCCGUGGUCGGCUGCUUUGCCUUCUAUAUUAUGCAGUAGAUUGCUGCUGAAUAUGCGAGAAAUGGUCUAUGAUCAGGGAAAUCGGUCGUACAUCAUGGAAUCAUUCACUCAAGUACAGACAAUCCCCUUCGAAAACCCUGAUAUCACACUAGACUAUACUCCAGACGAGAUGGAGUUGUCUUCAUCUAGGCUCCCAAGGGCCACAUAGACCAAUCAUGAUGCUCUAACUGUCCUCCGGUGUGAUUAUGAAGUGUCGCCCACAGGGCGCUCCACUUUCAGCGAAGUAUAGCUCGCUCAGUCUUUCGCAAUCGCAUUGCAGAAUGUUCGGACUGCUCAAGGCCCAAAGUUUCGGCAGAGACUCAAAGGAACAUCAUUUAUUGAGCGUGUAACUACACCUUACGUUACGAAUGGAAAAAAUGCUCAGAGGCUAGGACGUCACAGAAGAUAUCGCAUAAUACAACAGAUGAUCAAGA